GACAGAUGAAGCCAGAGAACAGCCUGCCCACGAAGGACAUAUUGAUUCCAUCAGAUCUGCCAGGACACAAGUGCGGAGGGAAGUUUUUGAAAAGUGAUAAAAGAAUUUCACGAUUCGGCCAAAGUAAUUUCUUGGCCUGGCAUCUCUCAGCUCUUUGAUUUAAAUUCUUUCUUUUUGUGUUUUAGCAAGCGACUCUCAAAGGCAAAAAGAUAGAUGGUGUUUUCUAUGCAGCCUGAUUUUCUUUUUUUUUAAUCUCAGAUGAGGAACCACAGCCAGCUUCUUACAUGACAGUCAUUUAUGUACCGAAGAGAUGCAGAUUUGAUCAGGUCGUAUAGGCUAACUGAGGUGAAGAAAAAGACCUUAGGAAGUACCUGGUUAAACCCUUCACUUUAGGGACCAGAGAGGGUGUGAUCCUUGCCUGAUAGCACACAGCAGGGGAUCAUCAGUGGCAUUCCCAGCCUCUAGGUCUCUCUUCCGGCCUCACCACCCUUAUUUACUCAGAAAUGCAGCAUGGAUAUUUCAUUCCUAGAACUAAGAAUGAAAACAAUGAAACAACCCUACAUGUGCAGGACAAGCAGAGAGGAGGGACGGCUGAAACCCGAAGCCUAGAGAGCUGUUUGAAGCCUCUUCCCCAUGUCUCCAGUGACUGUGGAGAUGAAGUGAAGCGAGUUGUCUUCCUGUGAACCGUCAAGCUGACAACCCAGGUAUUGCUGAGCAGGAGGAAGAGCAGGCCAGAGGCCCGCAGUUCUGGACACGUGGGGAUUUCUUUCCAGUUACUUCCGCUCUCAAAUGAGGCCGCAGGCUCAAAGCUUAAUGAGGAUGGUCUCCUGAUCUGAAGAGAUGACCCUGAGGAGCCCAGGGAGAGCUGAGCCCGGUGAAGCAUCCCCUGUGCCUCCUGAGGACUGGAAGACAAAUGGCAAGAUUGGCAAGGAACAAACAGACAGGGGCAGAGGUGACAGCUCAGCGGAUGAAACACUUGCCUUGCAAUCAGGAAGGACCUGAGCUCAAUCCUCGGAAUUCAUGGAGGGGGGGGAAGCUGGAUUAGAGGAGUAAACAGAGACUGUUAUGAUGUGAAAGCUGAUGCGGAUGGAUCAAGGAUGAUGAAGUUGGACAUAAAUCCCUGGUGAUUUACCCUGGAUCCCAUCCCCGGGGCCAGCUCACUUGAUGCAUCGUUGUAUUAACGAUGCAACAAACUGCAUUAAUGGGAAGCCAGCCAAAUUUCAACGAGAACAGACACUGGACGGAUAUUCAAGAGAGACUGAGACCGGUGUGAUGUGAGCCAGCAGCCUUGCUCUCCUGCCGCCGCAGCCACGAACCCGUCAUGCCUCCACCACUUCCCCUCCAGGAUACGCUGUCCCUCCAAACAGCACCUUCCCUGCUGGAUGCUGCUCCUUACCAGAUUUCUUUCUCGUGUGCCGCAUGACUGCUCUGGUCAGUAUAUUGGAAUGAAAACAGUGUAAUUAAGAAACUAUUGGGACUAAGUAUGAAAUUCGUAUGUCCACCUUUAGAAAACAUGGAGAACUGGAACUUUAACGUGCAGCCUUUUGUGCUCUCUCUUCACCAGUUUUGUGCAUUCCAAGGUGAAUAGGACAUCUCGUUUAAAAAGAUGGAUCCCUGGAGUUGUGUACACGCCUGGACCACCCAGAAUGGACCCCUCUAAGCUAAAGAGCCUUUGGGAAACGGAAAGUCUUCAGAUCUGUGCACAGGAAGAUAACUCCGUGGUUAGACUCCAUGUUCCCGUAAACACGGUGAAGUGUGUCAUACAGAACCUAGUUCCGUGAGCCGCCUUCAGGAUAAUUCCUUCGGCAGCGCCGCUGUAACUGAGUGUGAGGACGGCACGGUCUCUUUACAUGAAGACGAGGACGACUGCUCUGGGCUCAGAGAUGAAAACAAUAAAGAGAACUACCCACAGGUGGGGGCUCGAAUAGACGAGCUUGCUCCGCCCUUGCACGAGGCCCAGCAUGCGGAACAGACCCUGCUGCUGGAUGGAGUGUUGAGACCCAGCAUGGGUAACUUCAAGUCCCGGAAACCCAAGUCUAUCCUCAGAGCUGAGAGUGGCCGGAACCACGGAGAAAGCCAGGACACCGAGCAUGUGGUGCCCAGCCAGUCCGAGUGCCAGAGCAGAGCGGGAACGCCUGCUCACGAGAGUCCACAAAACAGCAUCUUCAGGUGCCAGGAUACGGUGCGACUUCAACCGAGAGUAGACCAGAGGGCUGCCAUUUGGCCAAAGGAAGCUUUUGGAACUCAGCAGGACUUCCAUGAGAAUUCCUUGCUGAAGCUCCAAGCCCUCGAAUCUGGUCUGUGCUCUGCGUUUCUGACGACCCAGGAAGAAGAUGGCCAGGUGCACGGAGUUAAGGACCCAGCCCCAGCUGCCACGCAGAGUGUGCCUGCCGACAGCGUGGAUUCUGCAGACCCCAUGGCAACUCAUAAAGAUGCACAGAGUGACGCCGAUGGUCCACCCGAAGACCUCCAGUCAACAGGCACCAGCAGGCUGCUCUAUCAUAUCACCGACGGUGAUAACCCGCUGCUGUCACCGCGGUGCUCCAUCUUUAGCCAAAGUCAGAGGUUCAACCUGGACCCCGAGUCAGCCCCGUCUCCACCCAGCAGCCAGCAAUUUAUGAUGCCACGAAGCUCUUCUCGGUGCAGUGGUGGGGAUGGCAAGGAGCCCCAGACCAUUACACAGCUCACGAAGCAGAUCCAGAGCCUCAAGAGGAAGAUUCGGAAGUUUGAAGAAAAAUUUGAGCAAGAGAAGAAGUAUCGGCCCUCACACGGAGACAAGACUUCGAAUCCCGAGGUCCUGAAGUGGAUGAAUGACUUGGCUAGAGGACGGAAGCAGCUCAAAGAACUAAAGCUGAAGCUGUCAGAAGAACAAGGGAGUACCCCCAAAAGCCCCCGGAGAAACCCACCCUGUGAACAGCCUUCAGUGCCCAGAGAGAAUGGCAAGUUGGAAGCUGUGGGUCCUGAGCCAAGCUCCUCUGGAGAGGAGACGUCAGACGCUGUGGUGAUGGAGAGGAGAGACCAGACUCCUCCCCAGGAUGACGUGAAGGUAACUAAGCAAGACAAGAACCUCAUAAAGCCUCUGUAUGACCGAUGCAGGAUUAUCAAGCAAAUCUUGUCAACACCGUCCCUGAUCCCAACGAUUCAGGAGGAAGAGGACUCCGAUGAGGACUGUCCACAGAGAAGCCAGCAACCUUCUUUACCAGAUCCAGUGUCCCGCCUUCCUGUUGGUGAUCACCUCACCUACUCUGAGACAGAGCCUAUGAGGACCCUCCUACCAGAUGAAAAGAAAGAAGGGAAGCAACCAGCUCUCUCCAUGUCCAACUUACACGAGGCCACUAUGCCAGUCCUUCUUGACCAUCUCCGGGAGACCAGGGCUGACAAGAAGAGGCUACGGAAAGCCCUGCGAGAAUUUGAAGAGCAGUUUUUCAAACAGACAGGAAGAAGUCCACAGAAGGAAGACAGGAUGCCAAUGGCGGAUGAGUACUAUGAAUACAAGCACAUAAAAGCCAAACUGAGACUGUUGGAGGUCCUCAUCAGCAAGCAGGACGUGGCCAAAACUAUUUGAGGUUUGGCUCUGAUCAGUUCCACCCAAGAUAAAGUCAAGUUUAUUUUCCUCUAUUGUUCUUGCUAAGUAGUUUUGAUGUACUGAAAACUGAGCACUUUAGAGAUAGUAUUAGCUGUUUUUACAAAGGAAGAGCUAGUGCACUCAUACACGAGAAGGGAUUUAAAUAGGGAAAUAGUAGGUAAUAUUGGGAUCGGUAAAAGCAUUCACCCUACUCCACACAAAACUGAAAUCCACAGUCAAAUGUAAUUGUCUCAAAAAAAUCUAAUAUCUUGUCAAACCUAACAUCACACAUAGGCAGACUACCUGCUAGGGAAGGUUUAUUCGUGCCCAAAGAUUGACCUCAUUGAUGUAUGGAAAAGAACAGGGUUUAAAUUAACUGUGAGACAAGGAAAACUUCUGCUCUUCAUCCAGGGAGAAAAACAGCUGUUAAGAAGGUAAUUUAAACGAGACAACAUCCACUACCUUGUCCUGUAUGUCUGUAGGCGUUCUAAACACCCUAAAGUACACCCGACUGUGUCACUAAUCUCUUACUUCUACAUGAAAAUAGUGCAUUAUCUGAUCUGUUAUUUGAACACUUACAUUUCUGGUUACCAAAGUUCAUUUGGAUGGCAUGUACUUUGUGAAUUACCUUUGUCUAUAACUGACAAAUGUUUAUAUUGAAAUAAAAUAUUAAAAAUUUAAAAUAGGUAUUUUGGAUAGGUGUGUCUGCAGUAUAAUAACUCAAUGUGACCAUAGUGUUAUUGCUAAUGUUCUUGUUUCCUACACUAAGAUUAUAUAACUAUUUUUCCAUUGGAAAUACGCAUCUUUCCUAAUGUUCCAAGGUCUGUACUUUAUAAAGUGAAACAACUUUCUUGAGUUGCACUCAUUCUGCACAGGGUCAAAAGCUUGGAAAUCACCAAAACACCUUUUAUUUGCUUUUUUUUAGUGAUCUAGCUUUUUCUCCAUUCAUUUAAAGCACAUUUAUUGGGUUUGGUUUUUGUAAGAUCAAGUAACAGAUAGACAUUUUCUCACUUUCAACUUUGUUCCUAUUUCUGUUUUCUGUAUUUUUAAGCAUGGUGUUGAAGAAACUCAGAUUUUUUUUUAUAUUGCUCGGGCAGAAAAAGAUACUGAUUCCAGAAGCGGACUCUAUCAGAGGCAUAUUGUUUUCUCUGUAGUCACCUGAUGUUUUGAAUCUUUGAUGAAUCAGAGUAACGGCCUUCAUAAAUUUGUUUAAUUGAAGUCAUCUACUUGUAACAGGACAGAUACACAACUAUUUAAGGUUUACAAAUUACAUCUUUGAUAAGGGAAAUGGUUUCGUGAGAUGUAUACAAUUGCUAUUAAAAUGUAUCUAUAUUCUAUAUGAUUGUAAAUAUUUUAUACAACAUACAAAUAAAAUAUUUUUCUAUUAUA